AUGCUUAAUAUUAAUGAGCAAGAAUGGGAUAAUUUUGUGAAAGCACUUGAUGAUGUUAUAACCAGUAUUUCUAAUCAAAUCUCCAAAAGAGAAGCCUUCGAAGAAAAUUCAACAAAGUUACAAGGAUUAUUGGACCAAUACUUUCAGAAUGUUGAUCUUGAAGGACUAAAACAACUUAGAGGUGCUUUAAAUGCUUUAAAUGCUUUAAAUGCUUUAAGUUCUGAGGAUAUGCAAGCCGCUAUAAGCAGUGCUGAACUAGAAGCUAACUACAUAUUUGAUCUUCUUACACCAGAUGGUAAAGUAAAGGUUACAGCCCUUUCUCUACUGGAAUCUCGUACUAGCAAAUUCACUGAAAGUCCACUUGCUAUUCUUCUUAAUAUCUUAGAUGAUGAAGAUGAUGAAGGAAGAAAUAAUGAAGGAUUUGGGCUCAUUAAGAAUUCAGAAACCUUAAUUGGUAAUAUUUCAGCUGCAUAUAGUCGUUUUCGCGAUAAUCGAGAAUUUAAUGGCUUAUUCGAAGAAUGUCAAACCUUUCUCAAAGCUGAAUAUAACCUCUCCUCCCUUACCCCAGAACUUAAUACUCUUUCAAAUAAUAUCAAUGAAAUGCGUGCCAAAUUAGAUAAUUUUCAAAAAAAUAAUCCUUCUUUGAUAGAUGGAAAUAAGAUAGAAGAAUUUAGAAGGUUUCUUGAUUCUCUCAUAGAGAAUUUUGUGCAAUAUACAUCUAAGUUAUGUGCUACAGAUAAGGAGGGUCAAAGUUUAUCUAGAGAGACUUUAACAGAGAUAAAAGAUGAAGCAGUUGCACUCAGAGGUACACUACAGGUAGAACUUCCUUCUAGGGUUAAUGAGAUAAAUGGCUUGAUUAGUUCAGAGUCCUCCCCUGGACUUCUUGAAAGACACAAAGAGCUUCUUAAGAAGCUAAGCACAGGGAGUUUUGUAGGGAAUCUAUGUCUUGGAUUUAUUGCUGUAGGGUGCAUCCAGAUUAUUCUUUGGGCUAUUGGUCAGAAUGACACAUCACUAGGAAAUGCAUGGAAUACAACAUUGUAUUCACUAGCUUUAGUUGGAGCAAUGAUAUAUCUAUUGUGGAUUGUUAAGAGAGAAUAUAAUAAGGAUGAUAAACCAGUAAAGGGAAAUGUGGAGCUGUGGGCUGCGAUUGCGAGUAUGAUGCCAAUGAUUGUUGGACUUCCAAGCAUGGGACUUAUUAAGAGCAGUAUGUAUUGUCUAACAAUGGUAGCAACCAGUAUUGUGACAUUAUAUGCUCAACACCUUUCAUCUACUGGAAUGAACCGGAAAGAGAUGGCCAUACUUAUGGUUGGGAACAUCUUGGUGGUUUUGGCAUACUUUGUUGAUCUCCAAAAAUAUCUCGAGGGUAAAGUCUACGGGUCUAAUUAUCAGGUGUGUAUUGCGAUGAUCAUAUUUGUCUUACUUCUACUUAUUGGGUCCUACAUGGCAAAAAACAACACUGGCGCUGGUACUGAGAGCAAACAAGAACUGUUCUCUACUAUUUCUUAUUUGGUGUUUACGGUAACCUUGCUGGUAAGUAUAUUUGUGUCCUGGGUUAUGGGAUACGAGUACCGCCAAUUCUAUGGAAGCAUAAGCAGCAGUGACCAGGAUCUGGUUACUACUGGAUAA